ACUACUCCCAUUGGUUGGAAAACUAGGUUAGUGGUCCGACAGGCAUGACGGUGAAGAGAAACUAGGUCACCGAUUGAAAAUCGUUUAUGUCACAGUUCUUGGACUUUCUACAACACGUUACCUAGUGGCCUUCAAUGGAUAAUAAAAUCCUAGCGGACCAAGUAGUUACACGAGCUUCACCUUGUACCUAAGGAUCAGAGCACAUCACCUUCGUACCAGAGACCACACGAGAUUAAAGCCGACUGCACUGCUCUGUACUGGAUACGACUCAUCUAGUCAAGGAGGCCUCUUCCUGGUUCUUAUCAAGUUGCGGGAUCGAGAGUGGAUGGAAGGAGAUGAUUUUAACACAGAGGCUGUGAUGAACAUCUGUGAUGACCUGAUGGCAGACCAAAGGAUGGACAUCUCCUCUACAAUGACUGACUUCAUGUCUCCCAGCUCUACCGACCUCAUCUCGAGCUCUAUCAGCACUCCUGGCAUGGACUACACUCGGAAAAGAAAGGGCAGUACCACAGAAUAUCAAAUCGAUGGCUUCUCAUUUGAUGACAUGGACCCAGACAAAGAUAAACUGGGAAGUGACCAACCAGGCCGAAUAAAGAAUGCCAGAGAGGCUCACAGCCAGAUUGAGAAGCGUCGAAGGGACAAGAUGAACAGCUUCAUCGAUGAGCUGGCGUCACUGGUGCCCACAUGUAAUGCCAUGUCUCGUAAACUGGACAAGCUCACAGUUCUUCGCAUGGCUGUUCAGCACAUGAAGACACUCAGAGGAGCAGCAAAUCCAUACACAGAGGCCAACUACAAGCCUUCCUUCCUUUCAGAUGAUGAGCUGAAACAUUUGAUACUAAGGGCUGCUGAUGGUUUCCUAUUUGUGGUUGGAUGUGAUCGGGGAAAGAUUCUUUUUGUUUCGGAAUCAGUUUACAAGAUUCUUAACUACAGCCAGAAUGACCUCAUAGGUCAGAGUCUCUUUGACUACUUACAUCCUAAGGACAUCGCUAAAGUCAAAGAACAGCUGUCUUCUUCCGAUACAGCCCCUCGUGAAAGGCUCAUUGAUGCUAAAACUGGUCUUCCAGUCAAGACAGACAUCACACCUGGACCAUCCAGACUUUGUUCUGGUGCUAGACGGUCAUUUUUCUGUAGGAUGAAGUGCAACAGGCCAUCUGUCAAAGUAGAGGACAAGGACUUUCCCUCAACCUGCUCAAAGAAAAAAGCUGAUCGCAAGAGCUUCUGCACGAUCCAUAGCACUGGGUACCUAAAAAGUUGGCCGCCUACAAAGAUGGGUCUUGAUGAAGACAAUGAGCCUGAUAACGAAGGCUGCAACUUGAGCUGCCUGGUCGCCAUUGGUCGACUACAUCCGCAUAUUGUCCCCCAGCCCAGCUUGGCAGACAUCAGAGUGAAGCCCACUGAGUACGUUUCCCGGCAUGCCAUAGAUGGCAAAUUCGUCUUCGUUGACCAGAGAGCAACAGCCAUCCUAGCCUACCUACCCCAGGAGCUGCUGGGAACGUCCUUCUACGAGUAUUUUCACCAGGAUGACAUCAGCCAUCUGGCAGAGUGCCACAGACAAGUGCUGCAGAUGAGAGAGAAGAUUAACACGAACUGUUACAAAUUCAAGAUCAAAGAUGGCUCAUUCAUCACACUGAGGAGCCGAUGGUUCAGCUUUAUGAACCCCUGGACCAAGGAGGUGGAAUACAUAGUCUCCACUAACACCGUUGUGUCGUGUCCUAUGAUAGAAGGAUCAGAAUACACUCAAUCUGCUGCAUCCCCACAGAGUAUGGAUAGUGUUCUCCCUUCAGAAGUAGGUGGAGGAAGACGGGCAUUGCAGACGGUGCCUGGCAUUCCCGGUGGCACAAGAGCAGGAGCUGGAAAAAUUGGAAGAAUGAUUGCAGAGGAAGUGAUGGAGAUCCAAAGGAUCAGAGGCUCCUCCCCAUCCAGUUGUGGUUCGAGCCCGUUGAAUAUCACCAGUACUCCUCCGCCGGACACCUGCUCUCCUGGGGGAAAGAAGAUUCACAACGGAGGGACUCCUGAGCUGGCCAGCACGGGGAUCCUUCCUGGUCCUGAUUCUGUCGGCUACCCCUACUCCAACCAGUCCAUUAUGAGCGACAACUCCCACCUGAGUAUAGACAUCAUGGACGAGCCUGGCUCGAGCAGCCCCAGCAACGACGAGGCGGCCAUGGCUGUCAUCAUGUCUCUUUUAGAGGCAGAUGCUGGCCUAGGCGGCCCAGUGGACUUCAGCGACCUGCCUUGGCCUUUGUGAAGACGUUGAAGGGCAUCUCGCAGAGAGAGAGCGGAAGAGAGAGAAAAGAAAGAGUACACCCCCAUUCAGCACCAGAGUCACCGGUAGAGAGAGUUCAGUCAAGAGGAAAUCGCUUUCCUGUUCCAUUUUAUAUUCUGUUUCAUCCACUGUACCUGCCAACUUCUCUGCAAAAGUGUCAUUCGUGGCAUUCAGAAUGAAGCAGAAAUGAAGAAUUAAACGGAAGAAGAGGAUUCCCGGAGCCUCAAGAUGAAGCCAAAUGAAGGCAUUUCCAUGAUCUAUGUACAGACGAGCACUUUUGCAGUGACGGUUACCUCCACAGUUGAACUUUGUAUAAAUAGAGCGGUUAAUUUAGGUCUGCUGACAGUCCGUUUUCUUUCUAACACUGGCUCUGGGCUUCUCUGUCAGCUGCCGAGCCCCGACCAACAUCAAACUUUGAAGCAUUCAGCAGAUCCAGUCUCACAGGUGGUGUUAGUCCUGUUGGUGUUGGUGCCCGUUCAAGUUGACAUCGAGAAAACGGUCACAACUCUCUGGAUCAUUGCUCAGAAGACACUCGACCCCAAGAAUUCCACGUUUUUUUUUCCCCAGUGGUGUGUAUAUCCGAGGAAGACAUCCAGGUGUGUCUGAGUUUGAAUGGCUCAUUCAAAAACCAUCCAAAAACUCUUGCUUAGUGCUCUUUUUGAAGCUGAACUCCUGAUGGGGAAAGGAAGUAGUCAUGGCCCUCUUGUAACUCUUCCACAAGCAAACAAAAACGUUGGAAUGUGACAAGAGUAGUAGCCUUAUGUGUUUUAAGGCUUACGUCAGACUCUGUGCUGACCAAAGACAAAAAAAAAAAAGCAGUGCUUCUCAUCAUUCAGUUUGACAUCUGUGCACUUUGUCCAAGCAAAGGUUUCCUGGCAAGUAAUUACCAUAAAACACAAGACAUAAAAAGCCCUGUGUUCUCAGUCACUAAAUUGCCGUCAUUUAAUAUCUGUUGGUGAAAUCUUGUUGAGUCAGUUACGUUUUGAUUCUUUAGGAGUCUGCAUUCGUCAUUUAACAAACAUGUUAGGGCCACGCUGAAAAGAAAAGUUGUAAUAUACAAGUAAUUUGUAUCUUUUAUUGGGGGAGGGGGGAUAAAAGAAUGUUCAAGUAUCAAGUUAUUUUUGGAAAAUCAAGUAGUAUAAAAUGUUUGUGAUGAAAAUGUUUUAAUAUAGAGAACAAAGCUAAAGUCAUAAUCGUAACAUUACUACUUUUUGUGGCUUUAUCUCCCUCACAGUAUCACUUUAUUUUUGAAAGUAUAGUCAUAUUUUUUCAGAAGAAAAAAAAACACGUAUAAUCUCUUAUUCAAAGAAAAUGUUGAAAUGCUGUGAAUAUGAACGCCCAUAUGUACUCUUGCACGUAUGAAGUCAUAUUUUGGGAGAAAAAACAAAGACUAUAAAAAAAACAAUGUAAAUAAAUAUACCUUAAAUAUUUACGGAAUGCAUUUUGUAAGCAGAAAAAUCAAUUUUAUAAAUUGUCAUUGUCGAUGGGGAAAAAAAAGUCUAUUUGUCAAGGACCAAUUGGCAAUAUGGAUUCCCACAUGAACUGAAACAUUCUCAAAACUGUCAACUUGUUCACGUUAUGACUUCAUGCAUGUAAGAAUGUAUUUGCAGAAUUUUACAAAUGUGUUGGAUGAUUGCAAUUUUUGUACUUGUUAAAUUACAACUUUAUGCUUGUAACAUUGAGUUUUAAUUCUCAGUGGUGUUCAGUGUGGCCCUAAUAUCCCUUUGUACACCCCCGGCCGGGGUAAAAAAAAGAAACUCUUGAAUUUGUUCCAUUUCGCUCUUGAUAACACAAGCGUCAGGGCAAUUUUUUUAAAUGAAACACUUUAUUACUUACCAACUAACUGAGGGGAGUUGAAAAUAAUAAAAACCAAGAUCCAAGUGCAUUUAGCCGCAAAGGAAAAGUGCAAUGGGGAUUACUUACAUUACACCUACUGAAUAUUUAAUGAUUAAAUCUUGAAAGAUGUCCGCGACUUCAUUUGAGAUUCCAUUGGUGAUAAUGAAAUCUCGAUACGACCUUGUCACCUGGCUGCUGCUACAAGCCGUGUCCUUUAAAGCUUUGAUUUGAAAUGAGAUGUCGGGGGGGGGGGGGGGGGGGGUUAGGGUUGUUAGCGUGCGUCGCCGCCUGCCCGUAUGGAGACUUUACAGUACAACACUUCAGUACAUCCAAAAGGUUAUAUGUAUGUAUUUGGAAAAGUGUUCUAAAACAUUUUACGGCAUGCACCCCUAGUCAAAAUGGAGGCAUUUUUUUGCAUAAGAUAGUAAAACUACCAAGUAAUUAUAUGUUUUAAUUAAAUGUAAUGAAAGACAAUACUGAGCUUAUCAUAAUUAAUACUAAACAGGUAUUUUAAAGGCUCGUAUUGUACGAUAAUCAAAUUUAGUGCUGUGUUUUUGCUGUCUAGGUAUUUAAUGCCAUAUAAAGAUGAACUAAGGAACGCCACUUUAGUUUAGAUAUUUUUUUUUUUUUUUUUAAAUGCCUUUUAUAAAGGCAUAAUUUUACAUCCAGCUGUAGUAUUGGUGACCGUAAAGUAUUGCUCCACCCGGUCAUAAUGUUUUGGCAGGUCAAACUUAACUCGUGCUUAAGAACACGACAGACACUAUUUUAAUAAGCCAAGCCAAAUCCUGUUCAAAUUGUAGUCAAAAUAAGUCAUUUAGUUUUUAGAUACUUCCAAGAGUAUCAAUGUACAACUGUGCAUGGUUGUUCCAUUUGCGGCAAAGAGCAAGACUUUUUCCACCACUAUCCAAACAUGAAUUCAAAAAUUACGUUUUGCAACAGGCCACUAAAGCUAGUUCUCUCCAUACGGGCAGUUAUUUAUUUUAUUUCUUUAUGAUUGCUUGUGCUUAUAAGUCUAUAAUUUGACAGCACUCAUAACAUUGUUCCGAACCCAAAAGACAGAUGGUCGGUCAGCUCAGCUCAGCUCAGCUGAUGAGGUUGUCCACUCUUUGUCUGUUGUAGUGUUUCUUUUCUGUGUUUUAAACGCUAGACACUACGAUAAAGUAUUCCCCAUGUCGAUUACCCAUUCCCCACCGGACAAUUAUGUAUCAAACUAUAAAUAUUAUGUUAAGAGUAUACUUUAUGCAAAUAUGAGUAUGAUGAGUGUAUUGUAUCAGCAGUGAAAUAUUUUUAAAAUAAAACUAUUUGUUUCUGUCA